CCUAUCUGAUACAGUUAUGAAAAAUUUAAAGGGUCUUAACGACCUUUUGGCUUCUUUAUUAUUUUCCCACUGUGCUUAACUCGUGUUCCAUUUUAAUUCAUAACAGUGAAGAGAUAUCUAGAGCAACAUCAAAGUCUCGAUGUGCUCCCUUGGAUCUGGAUAGUCCAAUAAAAGCUGCUAAGAAUUUAGCUUUUUCUGCCAAGCCCGGAAUUCGUCUCUCUCCUGUUUUGCUAUGGAGGAGGGAUCCACUGAGGAGCUUCUCUUCAAAGACCAAGACUUCUCCUCUGAACUGCUGAUGCAGCUGAAUGCUCUGCGUCAGAGCAGGAUGCUGACUGAUGUUACCCUCUGCUCCGGGGGCUUUGAAAUCCCCUGCCACCGAAACGUGCUGGCUUCCAGCAGUCCGUACUUCAAGGCAAUGUUCUGUAAUGACUUCAGAGAGAGUCAUCAGGCUAAAGUCAUCCUGAAGGGCAUUGAUGCUGAGAUUUUGGAUCAGAUUGUCCUUUACAUUUACACAGGGCAGAUUCUUAUAUCUACUGAGAAUGUCCUGUGUCUGCUGGAGACAGCCUCCAUGCUUCAGUAUGAUAAACUGUUUGAGGCCUGCUCUGCCUACCUCCAAGACAAGCUGACUCCUGACAACUGUCUGAGCAUGAUCAGAUUGGCAAAGGUCUUGAACUGCCAAAGCCUAAAUCAGAAAGCCAAGGCUAUGGCUUUGAAAUGCUUUCCUCAGGUGGCCUCUUCUGAGGAACUGAAGGACCUUUGUCCCUUGGAGCUCAUUGAUUACCUUGGGGAUGAUGAGCUCUGUGGGGAAGAAGAGCAGGUCUUUGAGGCACUGAUGGUCUGGAUCCGGCAUGACCUCCAGGCAAGACAAGGCUAUAUCCAAGAGUUGUUCAAGAAGGUCCGGCUUCAAUACGUCCAUCCAACUUUCCUCUUCCACUUCAUUGCCAAUGACUCCCUUAUUCAGUCCUCACCCACUUGCAGGAGCAUCCUGGAGUCAGCCUGGAGACAUAUGUUUUCCUUGUAUAGCACCAGUGUGCCUGACAUCAAGCCCAUGCUGCAUGUCCCUCGCAGGUACUCCAGCCAAGAGUUCCUCGUCAUCAUUGGUGGCAGGAAGGACAGCCAGCAGACGACAAGAGAUGUCCUGCUCUAUGAUGACAAGACGAACCAGUGGCUAAGCCUGGCCAAGCUUCCCAUGCGCCUGUACAAAGCCUCUGCAGUGAGCUUGCACAGCAAUAUUUAUGUGCUCGGAGGGAUGCCCGUUAGCAAUAAGAAAAGCCCAGUCAGUGAUAAUAUUUACAUUUACUCCCUUAAACUCAAUCAGUGGAGGUUGGUUGAGCACAUGUUAAUUGCACGUUACUCCCACAGAAGCUUGGCAUACAAAAAUUAUAUCUUAUCAUUCGGUGGAAUAGGCAAAAACCAAGAAAUCCUGAACUCUGUGGAAAGAUAUGAUAGUGUUUACAACAUCUGUGAGAGCAUGGCAAACAUGCCUGUUGCUGUCCUUCACCCUGCUGUUGCUGCCAAAGAUCAGAGGGUCUACCUCUUUGGGGGAGAAGAUACUAUGCAGAACCCUGUUCGGUUGAUCCAGGUCUACCAUGUCUCCAGGAAUAUGUGGUUUCGGAUGGAGACCAGAGUGGUGAAGAAUGUCUGUGCACCAGCUGUCGUGAUUGGAGACCAGAUUAUCAUCGUAGGUGGGUACACCCGGAGAAUAAUUGCUUAUGAUACAAAAGGCAACAGGUUUGUUAAGUGUGCAGACAUGAAGGACAGACGAAUGCAUCACGGGGCCACUAUCAUCAAGAGCAAGUUGUAUGUCACGGGAGGACGAUCUCUCACCACAGACAAUGUCAUCGAGGACUUGGAUUCUUUAGAUUGCUAUGAUCCAGAGACUGAUACAUGGACACCAAAGGGAAAGCUGCCACACAAACUCUUUGACCACGGGUGCCUUACACUCCAGUGUGUUCCUAGUUCUAACCUUCUCUAGUUAACCUUUGAUGCUUCCAAGGACAUUUUGUGCUUUCCUUAAAGCACUCACCUAGCUCUGUUGAGAGCACGUGGGUGAACCUCAUGGAGCCUCACAAACUCCUGACCUUGAAGAUGCCAGUGGCAUUAGUCAUUCUCCAAAUGCUCUGCCAAAAGGUCAUGAGCUUGGUGCUCAUGCCAUAUUCACCUGACGAGUAUGGCACAUGGUGCUGCUAGGCCCAGCCUGGGGGCUUUACCCGGAGUCUCAGUAGAAAGCAGGUAGAAGACAUCUUCUGGAUAAGAACCUGGUGCAGGAUUUGGCCUUGUGCAGAGUUCAAAAUGCAAGGUGAAUAAGAAUGAUGGCAUCUCCAGGGAAAGUAAGGGCUGGGUAACUGGCAUUUGUUGGGGUGUAAACUCAGCUGCAUGCUGCUAGCCUUUGCUGCUCAGUGCUGACCAACAUUUCCAUUUCCAGUGGUGGAGGUGUUUAGAAUAUCGAGCCCUGAGCUCUGGUCUUGUAACAGCAGCUACCUAUGUUAGCUAUGGCAGUCAUCUCAUAAGAUGUGUAAUAUAUGAUGAUAGCAUAUUUUUAAUGUUCCUAACAUCCAACUAGAAAUUAGCAAAAAAAGGCUGAUGCUUUGGUCUGAACUCUGACAUUGUGACAAGAUGCAAAUAUCUGAGCUACUGCUCCUUCACAGUGCAGGACAGGUUUUUGUUCCAUCAGCCUACUUACUCUCUGAAGGAGUGGAGACAGUAGGAUGGAAAUGAGGACCCUGGCUUCUUUUUUGAGGGAUCCUGUUUUGCAGGGAGCUUACUUCUCCUUCUGCAUCAGGGAUGGCAGUUAGGAAGCCCUUUGGUGGAAAUCCUGAAACCUGGAAUAGCAGAGAGGGUGCAUGGGAGAAAGAUGAUGUAAAAGAGAAGAAGUAUUUGGGAGGAACUUUUUUUUUCCCUGUUCUUCCUCUCUCCAAAUCACUGGAAAACAGCAGUGAGAGAAAGCCAGUGACAGGAAACCAGCUUUCCAAGAAGAGCAAGUCAAAAUUUGCCACUUGGCAAAGCAGCUCUGGCUCCACCAACAUCUCUGUGGGGUUCUGCCACUAAGUGCAUAUUUUUAAAGGGAGGGGAUUAAUCAUCACAUCCUGAAUAGGUUGUGAACUGCUGGCAGGUCACCAGGCUUGGUAAGACUGAUGAGAUAGCAAGAAGCUUUAAAGAUAGGACAGAUGAUCACCAUCCAGAAGAAGGAUGGUAGAAACAACACCUCUUCUUCCUCAUAUUUGAAAGAAAGUAGGACUUUUCCAAGAAUACAGAGCAGCCUGAGGAAACCAUACUCAACUCUUCACAGAAGGCUGCAAGGCCUUGUGGUCACCACCACAUUGCAGGACGCCAGCUCCAACUGCCAAGGUCUGGCCCAUAAAUCUGUAUCUGGAAGCAGAAAAGUGCCUGAAAUAGUUAAUGAAGGGAGGAUCUGGAAGGGAAAAUUGCACAUCAACUACUGUUUUAACAAUGUAAAAUAAAAUGGUUAUUGUUUGUAAGA